CGCCCCGCGGGCUGGGACUCAAUUUCCCAGAGUACCUCGCGCUGGGCCGGCGGCUGUGGCCCCCGCGUCUGCAGUACCGGGACUCUCGGGCCUGUCGGUUGCGCCGUUGGCGGCGUCCUCGUCCGGACGGCUUGGUGGUUGUGCCGGCAGCGCCGCGAUGGACAGCCCCGAGGUCACCUUCACGCUGGCCUACCUGGUGUUCGCCGUGUGCUUCGUGUUCACGCCCACCGAGUUCCACUCGGCCGGGCUCACGGUACAGAACCUGCUGUCCGGCUGGCUGGGCAGCGAGGACGCCGCCUUCGUGCCCUAUCACCUGCGCCGCACAGCCGCCACGCUGCUGUGCCACUCGCUGCUGCCGCUAGGCUACUACGUGGGCAUGUGCUUUGCAGCCUCGGAGAAGCGGCUCUACUCCCCCGGCCAGGCCCCGGAGGCCUGGCGGCUCUUCCUCCUGCUGGCGGUGACGCUGCCCACCAUUGCCUGCACCCUGAUCUACUACUGGUCCCGGGACCGGUGGGCCCGCCACCCGCUGGCCCGCACCCUGGCCCUCUAUGCCCUCCCGCAGUCGGGCUGGCGGGCUGUCGCUUCCUCAGUCAACACCGAGUUCCGGCGGAUUGACAAGUUUGCCACAGGGGCACCAGGUGCCCGUGUGAUCGUGACGGACACGUGGGUGAUGAAGGUGACCACGUACCGGGUGCAUGUGGCUCAGCAGCAGGACGUGCACCUGACCGUGACGGAGUCACAGCAGCACGAGCUCUCGCCAGACUCAAACCUGCCCGUGCAGCUCCUCACCAUCCGCGUGGCCGGCGCCAGCCCUGCCGUGCAGGCCUUUGACAUCCGGCUGAACUCCACGGAGUACGGCGAGCUGUGUGAGAAGCUGCGGGCCCCCAUCCGCAGCGCGGCCAACGUGGUCAUCCGCCAGAGCCUGGGCGACCUGUUCUUGGAGACGUUUGCCUCCAUGGUGGAGGAGAACCCGGUCUACUCUGUCCCCAGCAGCCAGGAGCUGGAGGCGUGCAUCGGCUGCAUGCAGACACGGGCCAGCGUGAAGCUGGUGAAGACUUGCCAGGAGGUGGCGGAAAGCGAGUGCCAGCGGUGCUACUGCCGCCCCAUGUGGUGUCUCACCUGCAUGGGCAAGUGGUUCGCCAGCCGCCAGGACCAGCAGCGCCCGGACACCUGGCUGGCCAGCCGUGUGCCCUGCCCUACCUGCCGUGCACGUUUCUGCAUUCUGGAUGUGUGCGCUGUGCGCUGAGCUGGCUGGGCCAGGGCGAGGGAGUGACCUUGGGGGGCGUCUAGCCAGCCCUGCCAGGACCCCCACUGCUGCCUCCAGGCCGGGGCUUCCUAGCCAGCUGUAGAAGGGCACGGGCUUUUGUUCAGAAAGGAAGUUCUCCGCUGAAGUCCCCGGGGCAGUGGGGUGGUCUUCAGCUCCUCUGCCCCCUUCGCCUUCUCCUCCCCCGGGUCUGGGUGGCUGCUGGUCACAGAGAGCACAGUCUUGAGCCCAUCUCCAGAGGAUUCUGGAGCCCCCUGAGCUGUCUUGUGGGAGACCCUGGGGUCUGCCCCAGAUGGCCCUAAUCUGGGCCACUUGCCUUAAUUUUACGGAGCACACCUGCCCUUUGGUUAUACGCCAGACCCAAACUCAUCCAAGCCCGGCUGCCAUCAGCCCUGCUCCUGUCCCUGAGCCUGCUGCUGGCCCCACGGAGGGGACCUGGGCAGAGCCAGACAGUUGAGGGAAGAUCUUGUGCCACUCCAGGGUGACAGCACACCCCGGGUUUUUCUGGCCCCUGCCUGCUCCCUGCCCAGGGAGACCCUGAGCUUCCCAUCAGGGGCUGGGCAAGAGACUGGCUGCUCAGCCUUGUUCCCUUAGCUGUGUGCUUGUGGGGGACAUCCAUUCUCUGGAGGAGCAUGCACCUAUGUGCCUUCUGCUGCUUCCAAGAGGCCAGGGAAGGGGCGGGGCACCGAGCUGAAGACCAAGCUCCACAGUGACAUCCACACCACAAAUCUGUCAGGAUGUAGCACAGGGCCGGUCACAGCCCCGGUCACAGGGCCCACCUGGUUCAGAAGGGGACAUGCCCCCAUGGCAAACUUGAUCCGCCAGACUCGGUGUUGACUGAGGAAGCAAUGACUCGCCAGCCUGACUGCGGUCCACGCGGGUCGCACUGAUGGAGGUCUGACUGUCCUGGUCGAGCUGGCGGGCAGUGCCGGACCCCAGGGCCCAGCUCUGACAGGUGUGGCUGCUGGGGCCCUCACAAGCGUGACCCCAAGCCCCCUGAAACUGGCUAUUUUAAGCAGGGAUGAUGGAGCCCACCUCAGCCAAGGCCAUGCCGAACCCCAGGGAUUUGCAGUAGAGGACUGGUGGGCCCCUGGGGUGCUCAGCAGAUGAAGGCCGUAGAGGGGGCACCGGGAGCCUCGCCCAGCCUCCGCCUGGAGUUUCAGGUGCUGCCAAGGGAGGGCCAGGGCAGAGUUUUUACUACAAAAGUUAGUUUUGUAAAGAUAAGUCUAUUGUAGCUAAGUGAUACAGCAUUUAAUAAACAUUAGUCUGAGGUUUA